CAAGACAAUAACAAUGAUAAAGGAAAUAAAUAAAAACAAAGCUACUAAAAACGAUUACAUUAUUAAUAAUAAAAGUAUGAAACGCACCAUGUAAAGUCUUAAAAAAUCACCGUUUUACAAAAUUAGUCAUAAUGAACAACCAUAAAGUGCCUGUAUUUGUAAGUCCUCAAUCAUUAACUUUCAGUUUAGAUGAUAAAACAUCUCACAGACAAAUCAUUACUUUAUUCAAUCCCUAUGAUUUUCCAGUCAGGUUUAAAGUGUUUUGUACUUGCACCAAAAAAUAUACUGUGGUGGAACCAGAAGGCUCAAUAAGUGCCAGCUCUAGAGUAGAUAUAGUAGUUAGACAUAAUGCUCCAGCACCAGCAUUUUGUGAUAUAAGAGAUAAAUUUCGAAUACAAAUGCAAUAUUAUACAACAAAAAAAACUAUUGGACAUAAAGAUGUAGAAACAAUAUUAGUACGAUCUUCAGAUAAUUUUGAACCUCCAGCUGAAAAUUUUAAACAGUUGCCUAAAAGUGAUUUUUCUGCGGAUAGUUAUGAAAAUGAUUCUGAUAUAAGACAAAACUUUUCUAAAAGUUCUUCUGGUCCUAAUUAUACAACAUUACUCAUGGCUGGAAUUUGUAUUUGCGGAUUAUUGUUACAAUCAUCAGAAGAAACAGAUAUAAUGAAAUUCCGGAUUUCAUUUAACCUUAAAUUAGCAUUUGCUUUUGUAUUAGGUAUGACAACAAUAACUAUUUUACAACAUCAAUGAAGUGGUAAUAUUAUCUGGAUUCUAACAAAUAAAGUAUACAUAUACAAAAAUCUAGUCUCCAUAUUUUAUGAAUUUAGAAAUAUAUUUAUAUAAUUUAAGAAUAAAUUAAAUCUUCUAUAUUUAUAUUAAAAAAUGCUUUUGAAGUUAACUGAAAAUUGCAGUUAGAUGUAAAUAUGAUAACUAAUUAUACAUAGUAUUCAAUGCAUAUGAUAUUUUUCACUAUUUCAAUUAUAUGGAAUACCAAAUUAAAUGUUUUACUUUAUAUUAAAACUAUAUUUUACACUAUUAUGGUCUGAUAAUGGCGAAAAAUCUUUAUAUUAUG